AUGGAAUUUCUGCUGCAGAAGCUGACUCCAUACCAGAAAUCGAAGGGCCAGGAGCCCAGCCACAGUACAGAGAUCUCUCCAUUGAUUGCCACCAGGGCCAUCCAGGAACUCCUUCUGGAACCGAGUCGGCGGACGGAGGUGCAGACCUUCUUCCCCUCCCUGUGUAUGGCCCUGUUGUUCCAGAUCUCCUUUCUCGUGGUUGAAGGGGACACUGACUUUCAGGAUCAGCAGCAUGCAACCGAACGGAUGGACCCUGUCAGUUCCUCCGUGGAGGCCCUGAAGACGCUGAUGCAAAGUACCGGGUAUGGGGACUAUGUGUCUUACAUUCAGAAACUUGGAGGCUGGGAGCUGCUCACCAGUCCUGAAAGACACUACGAGGGUGUCACUCUACUGGCCAGGGCCAUGGUCAUCAAGAACUGUUGGCACAACCGCCCCCUCUUCAGCUUCCUCAUCAGGAUUCUCCAAGAACGAGACCACAAAAAUCGCUUAACGGCCUUCAUGUUCUUGACUGAACUGCUUCGGUGCCCAGAUGUGGUAGCCACCGUGGAUGAAGUCACUGUGCACAUCCUGGCAAACUGGUUCCAGUGUGAGGAGCCGGCCAUAGUAAAGCUAUUGCUGCGGGUGGUGGAGACCUUCGCAAAGCACGGGAACAUGGUGCAACAGUUCCGCAUCCUGGAGCCCUACGUGCUGGGCUGCUGCUACUCACUGGACGAUGACAUUGUGAUGGAGACUUUCACGGUGCUCAAGUGUCUCGUAGAGCACCUCACCUGGAAGCAUUCCUCCUCAUUCCUUACUCAGCUCACCUUCAUGCUGGGGCCCCUCUUUGAGGAGGAGUCAGAGCAUCUGCGCUUGAUGGCCUUUGAGAUCUACGGGGCUCUCUUGGCUAAGGUCAAGAGGACAGUGCUUGUCUUCCCCUUGAAGCACCAGGUCCUCAACUUGAUAGUCCUCCUUGUGCUCCACCUGGAGGAUGGGAAUGUCAACGUGGCUCAGCUCUGCCGGCCUGCCCUCUGCCACACGGCCACCAUACUGGGCUGGUCGAGACUCAAAGCGAUAUUUGCCGAGAAAGACGUGUGGACUAUCCUCAGAGCCCUGCUGAAGCAGGAGGGAAACAGAGCCCUCUGGUUUCUGAAGCAGUGCUUGGCUCUCUUCAAGAGCCCGCAGGCCCCCAUUCGCCAGACAGCUGUACGAUUUGCAGGCCAGAUCAUCCAAACCCUGGAUGCGGAAGAGGCCAAUGAAAUUGCGGAAGUAUAUACAGCCCUAAAGUACUUGCGGGAAGACCCCGACUCCAUGGUCAGCUGCCUCGCCGCUCAGACCCUCUACAUCCUGGAAGCCAAGGAGAAGCUGCUGGUCAACCCCCCUACCUCUUGCUUCUGCAGCAGGAGGCCACGAAAGACCUACUCCUGAGCCUGCGUCCUUGGGUCCUGGCCAGGGCGAUCGAGACUGUGACAACGGUGACAG